AUGGGCGUCGCAACAGCACCAAGUACUCCAACAGUAUCUAGCAACGCCAUGAUCUUGAGAUGGCCCUCAGACUCUCCAGUCCCAUACCUUUUCUUAGGUAUUGCCUUUGUUUUCCUAGUCAUCGCCGUUGCAGUGCUCGUCCUUGCUUGCUCUCGUUGCCGCAUGAUCGCACGGCCUCCUGCAGCAGCCUUGCCGUCAAAAGAAAAGCCUGGAACCACCACCCAAAUGAGGACUCAGGAAGAGGUUGAGCCAAGGAUAGUUGUUGUCAUGGCUGGAGAUGAUCGCCCCUUGUUCCUUGCAAAUCCCAUCUCUUUGUCUUUGAUUUAA